UAUCUUUCUACUUUUGUUAUUUUUUGUGUUUAAUUCUUCUACCGAUAAAAUUCUAUAGUAAAAAUUUUACAGAUAUAUAUCUCAACCAAUCACACUCACAAAAACAAAAUUGUCCUAUUUAUAAACGAAGAGGGUAGACUUGUAAUUUAAGAUAGGAACAGUACGUCGUCUCCGGCGAUAAUGAAGUUGUUUCUCGUUUCCGUGUUGACUGCUUUCACGAUAUCCUCCGCCGUAACACAAUCCCAUAUUCGUCGUGGAUCUCCAGUCAAUUCUCUUUGCGCUGAUCUCGUUCAUCCAGCCGGUUACUCCUGCACCGAACACACUGUUCAAACGAAAGAUGGGUACAUACUAGCUCUUCAACGGGUGGCUUCUCCUGCUCAGAAUCUAACAUUUCAAUAUGAUCCACCUGUUCUGCUUCAGCACGGUCUAUUUAUGGCUGGAGAUGUGUGGUUCUUGGAUUCCCCUAAAGAAUCAUUAGGCUUCAUUCUUGCUGAUCACGGGUUCGAUGUUUGGGUGGGAAACGUUCGUGGUACACGUUAUAGUUAUGGGCAUGUAACUUUGUCUGUAACUGAUAAGGAAUAUUGGGAUUGGAGUUGGCAAGAUUUGGCUAUGUAUGACUUGGCAGAAAUGGUUCAGUAUAUUUAUUCAGUUGCAAACUCCAAAAUCUUCCUUGUUGGACAUUCUCAGGGGACUAUCAUGUCAUUUGCUGCUCUUACUCAGCCACGUGUUGCGGAAAUGGUUAAAGCAGCUGCGUUGCUUUGUCCAAUAUCGUAUUUGGAUCAUGUCUCAGCUCCACUUGUAGAAAGAAUGGUUUUUAUGCAUCUCGAUCAGAUGGUCGUUGCUCUUGGCCUGCAUCAAAUAAACUUUCGAAGUGAUACGUUAGUUAAACUUGUUGACUUGUUAUGCGAAGGGCAUAUGGAUUGCACUGAUUUCCUCUCAUCCAUAACAGGGAAUAAUUGUUGUUUCAAUGCCUCGAGGAUAGAAUACUAUCUAGAUUACGAGCCUCACCCAUCAUCUGUUAAGAACUUGCGACAUCUUUUCCAAAUGAUUCGGAAGGGGAGCUUUGCACAAUAUGACUACGGCUUUCUGAAAAAUCUAUUGACUUAUGGGACAUCAAAACCUCCGGAAUUCGAACUUAGCCUCGUUCCGGCAGCAUUACCAAUGUGGAUGGGGUACGGUGGAAAUGAUCUUUUAGCAGACGUGACAGAUGUGAAACGUACUCUCGCCAAGCUACCUUCGAGACCAGAGUUGCUAUAUCUUGAGAAUUAUGGUCACAUUGACUUUGUGCUUAGCACAAGUGCCAAAGAAGAUGUGUAUAAGCACAUGAUUCAAUUCUUCUGGGAAUGUAGAAAGUUCAGUAGUUGGUAAAUUACGUACUGUAAGGCUGGACACAUAUUCCAUCUUGGAUCUGUCUCCUACUUGUAACGUGUAUAUAUAUUUAAACUCAGUGGACUUCCACAAAACUGAAGCAAAGAGUUUAUUGUCCUCGUGAAUGGGAUUAAAAUGUUGAAUGGAAUAUAGAAAUGAGAGACAAACCCCAAUGUGACUAUUCUUAGGCUGAGUGAGCUCAGUUAACUUUCCAGAAGAAGGUACAAUCAAAAUAGGUAAACUGAAAUAAUCGAACUCUAUAAU